AUGGACUACGUCGAGCAGCGCAUGGCCCAGGAGGCUCAGAAGCAUGCCGCGAAUCCGGCUUCAACGGCCUUCCUCACCCCGCUCAACUUGUUCCUCGUCGCCGUCCUCCUCUACACUACCUAUGUGAUUCUUCGACCCUCACCCCCGCCCGUCUUGCCAAAAGAGGCCCCGGCCACCGUCUUUCGAACCUUUACCCCGCGAACCCUCCUUCCCUUCAACGGCGAGGACGGUGCCCCUGUGUAUCUGGCCGUCCGCGGCAAGGUCUUUGACGUGACCUCGGGCCGCAACUUCUACGGACCCGGCGGUCCCUACGCCAACUUUGCAGGCCGUGACGCCUCCCGCGGCCUGGCACACCAUAGCUUUGACGAAGAUAUGCUGACCAAGGAUCUGGACGGGCCUCUGGAUCCCCUCGAAGACUUGGGCAAGGACGAGCUUGAGGCCCUGCGGGACUGGGAGGAAAGGUUCAACAGCAAGUACCUGGUUGUCGGCAGGCUCCUUGCCGCGGGUGAUGAGAAGGCAGCUUAG